AUGCCCGGCCGCCUCACCAACAAAAUCGCCGUGAUAACCGGCUCCUCGUCCGGCAUCGGGCGAGCAACAGCUCUCGCCUUCGCAUCCGAAGGCGCCUCCCUCGUAUGCUCCGACCUGCGCGAAACGGCUCGUCCAGAAUACGCGACAGACUCAUCCCCGCAAACCACCACCGUCGACGAAGCCCGCAAGCUAGGCGCCAAAGCCAUCUUCGUGAAAUGCGACACGAGCAGCACAGCCGACGUUGAGGCGCUGAUUCAAGCUGCCGUUAGCGAGUACGGCAGACUCGACAUCAUGGUGAACAAUGCCGGGAUCAGCACUGAGACGAGCGAGCAUGGCCCGCGCCCCGUGUGGGAAUUCGACGAGGCGGCGUUCCAGAAGUCGAUGGAUGUGAAUGUGCGGGGUGUGUUUCUGGGCCUCAAGUAUGCGACCAAGCAGAUGGUGACGCAGGAGCCUGGUCCGAGUGGCGAUCGAGGCUGGGUUAUCAAUGUGGCGAGUGUGUAUGGGUUCCGGAGUGCGCAGAAUAUGUCUGGCUACGUCACGUCCAAGCAUGCCGUCAUGGGACUGACCAAAACCGCCGCCUUGGACUGCGCACCGCAUCGCAUUCAUGUCAACGCCCUGUGUCCGGGUUACACGGCCACGGCGAUUAUCGCAGAAUUGCUGCAGCCAGAGGCUCAAGAGAUCAAGAGCGCAUUGGAAUUGCGACAUCCGCUCAAGGGGCUGGGAACAUCCCAGGAUAUUGCCAGGGCAGCCGUGUUUCUAGCUAGUGAAGACGCCGGAUGGAUGACUGGGGUGGGCAUGCCUGUUGACGGGGGUUAUAGUUGUACGUAG